AAACGGCUUCUCCAAAUUAAACGUGCUAUUAAAUUAAUAAAAGCAACUAUGAAUGCAAAUAGUAAUUAUAAUAUUCAUAAAGAUGCAAUUCGUCUAAAAUCCUUAAUAAUUACAGAAGAAGA